CGGCAACCAUCUUUUCUAAGAUUGAGAAGUUAAAAUUCUGAUGACAUUUCAAGGCCCAGAGCUCGAUACGAUACAAAAAUCUGAAGAAUAUUUAGUGCGAGGUAUUCACACAGAGUAUAUGUAACGCCCGAGGUCACAGUUUAUGAGCAUGUCUAACUCAAGGAAGAGUGUUGGAACAAAAGUUUACAUUGGAGAUAUAUUAGAGUCAGUUACUGCAAGAGACAUUGAAGAUGAGCUAUCACACUUUGGACCACUGACAGAGAAUCCAUGGAUUGCAAGAAACCCCCCUGGAUUUGCUUUUGUCUACUUCAAGAGAUCCAGAGAUGCUGAUACGGCAAUCCGUAUCUUAAAUGGGAACAAUUUUUGUGGAUCGAAAGUACGAGUUGAAUUAGGUCUUGAUCAACAAAGAGGAAAUGCUAAACUUAAUGAUAGUAGAAACAGUAAUAGCAGAGGAGCCCCUCAGAGAAAAAGACCCAGGGAACGUGAGCGACACUUGCGCCCACCUUCCCCACAUCAAUCAAACAGCAAGAGCAAGGAUUCACGCUCACGAAGCAAAUUUGACAGAUUUGAUGACCGUUACAACAACAAUGAUGAAGAUGAUAUAUACGAUAACAAGGAUGACAACAGACGACCCUUGUCUCCUGUAUAUAGAAGCAGAUCCCCUUUGAGCCACAGACGCAGGUCUAGGACCCCUCAAAGGAGGCAUGAUCUACCUGCGAAAAUCCCCUCAUUGAUGGAUCUCCCUCUAACCCCUGUUCCUGUGGUGCCCCUACUACCCGAUCUUGUACCCACCAGACAACAACGUUCGAAGACUUCGGGGGCUGCACUCAGAAGAGCACACAGGAAUAACACACAUUCUGGAACCUCUAAAAGGCGAGAUCGACUACCCCAACCAACCCAUAGAGCAAAAGAGAGCAGCCAAUCACCUAGGCCUAAUAGAAAACGUUCUAGACACUAUUCAUCCCCACCUCAUACUGUUCCCCCUCCACAAGGACACUCCCACGGUAGAGACCCUGACAGGCGCUCCCCUGAUUCUAGACUGUAUCUCCCUCAAACCAACCAAUCACGCAAAUCUAGUUCUAAACGACCUGCAUCGCAACAUAGGGGUGCCUCCCACAGGGGCAAAGCUCCUGAGGGAGAUAAGUACAGCAGUAAAUCUCAAAGGAUGUUCAGGAGUUUGUCUCCAAGAUCUCCUCCUCGGAAUUCUAAACAUAAGCUUCCUAAUGUUCCCCCUCCAUUGAUGAGCCAGAUUGUCGGUCCUUUAGUAGACUCAGUUGUACCCCCUCCAGCCCCACUAAUGGGAAAUGACUUCCUAGCUCGCUACGGCUCCCCUUUAAGGGAUCAUUCCCCAUCAUCUCCCAUUUCCCAGAGCUCCAACCCUGAUUACAAUUCAAGGAAAACAGGUAGUGAUGGGAAUCAUACACACUUUGUAUCAUGUAGGAGAACACCCCCUAAGGCACACUCAAGCAAAAGAGCCAGGUCCCCAUAUAUUUCCCCAUCUAGGGGGAGAUCACCCCUGCCACGUUCAGACAAGUACUCCUCCCCUAAUCGGGGGAAGCCUUCACUUAAGAGUAAAGUUGGUAGGUAUGUCUCGAGAUCUCCCCUGCGUCAACAAUCUACAAGGCUACCUUCUGGAAGAUCACCAAUAAAGAGCAUUAUCCAUAAAAGAUACAAGUCAGAGUCAAAACCCCAGCGUAGUCAUAUGACUGAAUAUUCCAGUGGGCGGGCAUCAGGUAGGGAUAAUUCAACAAGUCACCCUCAGAAAUAUAGUUCAUAUAAUGAGACCCAAUCAUACCGCAGAGAAGACAGACUUACUCCACCACGUAGUGCUCUUGGGGCUGUUUACACCCCAGCUGAGCAUCGCAGUCUGUCCCCCCUGGAUGAUAGCCAGUACAUGACAUACCUGCCCCCUCCACCUCUCCCACCUCCUCUACUCCCACCCCCAAGGCCAAAGAAGAGUAACUGGCGUAGAAACAAGGGGGUGAAAUCUCGGAUGAGCAUUAAAGAGAGACGUGAAGCCAGGAAAAAAGCUGUACUUCCUCUUAUGUCUGAUAGAGGCUCAAGUCGAAAUAUUAAAUCACGUUCUAGCAUUAGAAAUUCAGAAUCCUCAAAGCAAUAUGCCAGUAAAUCUAUUCCCCCUCCACUGCCAAUGUUCUCCAAUUAUGACUCCGGGGAGCGCCAUUCCCAUUUAAAGACUAGACAUUACACUCCACCGCCUCUUCCCCCUUUACCUUCCUCUCGCUCUAGGGAUAAGCCCAGACGUGCCCUCAAGCCUAAUAGUGCAAGGCAAGCGGCAGCUGCACGGAUUAAACAGAAAGCCAUGGGAGCAUCACGUGGUAAUGCAAAUCAUAGAAAUCAACCUAGAUCGCGUAUAAGGGAAAGAAGAAGAUAGGCACAAUGAUGCUGCCAUGCUCUAUCAUCUAAGACUCAUUGGUGCUACAAAAGAUGGAAUUAGAUCAUCUAUACUAAUCCAGGGACUUUAUAUACACUAGAUACAUGUAUAUGGAACCUCAGUUCCCUAUAGACGGAUUAACAGCAAAGUUGCAAGUGUAUUCCAUGAUUGAAAUUAUUCAGUUAAACAUUAGUAAAUACAUGAAAUAUAUUCGGAUUUGUGUAACGAGUGUAAUUCAUGAUUAUUCAAUCAAAUGAUUGUUAAUAUCAGGAUAAGAGUUACAAGUUUUAUUUCAUGUUUGAAAUUGUUCAGUCAAAUGAUAGUAAAUAUUUGGAUUUGUGUUUCACAUUUUUUUAGUCAAAUGAAAACUAUUGGGAUUUGUGUUAAAAGUUUAAUUCAUGAUUGAAAUUGUUUUAAUGCUAGUAAUAAUCCAUGUAGAUAAAAAUUAAAAAUUAUUUAAUUUAAAACAACAGUUAAUAUUUGGAAUAGAGUUAACAAGAAAAUGCAUUAACUACAGUUUAUAUGAGGAAUUGUUAACAAAUGUAAUUCAUGUAUGAAAUUAUUCAAUUAAACUACAAAUAUUUGGAACAGUGUUAAC